AUGAAGAUCAACGAUUUUGUCCUGUCCUCACCUCCCAACAGCAACAAACCUCUCCACUCCGCUGCUCUUGUGUCGGAGUCAUCAUCAAUAUCUUCAUCAUCGACAAAUGAAGCAGAACAAAAUAUUCCAGAUCAACUUAACAUCACCAAUGACUAUGUACAAUCGUCAUCAGGUAGUCUUCAACAUUAUUUAUUGUUGUCCACUCCGAUCUGCAAUAUUCAACUCAACAAUAUUCCUGAUAACUUUGGAGGAGUGUCGGCUUCAUUCACAACAGAAGAAAAUCGAUUAACAUUCAACGAAACCAAUCGUGAAAUAGCAAUUUUUAACAGCAAAAAAUUCAUGUUAAUUCCUCUUGUUAGAGGCGAAACCAUUGCAAAAAGACUGCCGUCUCUAGUAGAUUUGAAAGGAAUUGUGCCCAGUGCUGCCAAAGCUUCCAUCAAGAGAACUUUUAUUGCUGUUCAGUAUGAUUCUAGGCGUUUAGUUGUCUUUUCAGUUGCUUCUUCUGAUGUGUCCAAGCCACAAAGCUCAGAUAGUGUUUCCACCUAUUCAAUAGAUAUUAUAUGGGUCAAAGAAUAUCAUAAGCCUGUUAAAAUUUUAAAAACAAUUAACGAGAAUGUUAGAUUUUGUAAAUUUUCACCAAAUGAUAAUUUAUUGGUUGUAGCUGUUGAAGGCAAGAAUGCUAGCCUUUUUCCGUUUCUUGUUACGUCAAAUGGACAAAUCAACAAACUGCCAAAGGUGGAUUUACCUGAAUCUAAAGAUCAACCGCUACAAGAAAAUGAGACAUUUCUCGUGUCCAUGUAUGGUCGAUGUUGUCUUGUGUGUGUCUCUUAUGCAAAUUAUGAGAUACACAUUUACAAGUACAAGGCUGAAAACACUCAAGCGUUUGUCAAGCAACGAAUAUUUAACAUUUUUUCAGGGUCGAAUAUUGCUGUCAAUGUGGUGGACUCACUACUGAUUGUACACAACUUGGACGAGAAGUCUUCGGUUGCAUAUGAUGUUUUCACAAAACAAGACUCUCCUGUUUCUCCUCCACUUUCCAUUUCUCCUCACUCUUUACCAAACUCUUUGUUAGGUGAUUCCAUUGAAAAUGCUUCUGAGAGAUUAUACAAAGUACAAUCUUGGACCUACUGGCUUCCCAAUUAUAUUUAUGAUAAAGAACUUGGCUUCAUUUUCGAGCUCAAAUUAUCAAUUUCUCACAUGCCAAUCAAUAUACGAAAUCGUAAAGAUGCAAUCAAAUUUUUAUUUAGACGCGUAAAUAGUAAACCCAUUUUAAUUAGUGCUCUAAGACAAGUCAUUGAAUCAAAGAAUGAGGAUAUCAAGAACGUUUCAGAAAUUUUAGAGCUGGUCAACAAGUAUUAUUGGAAUCAAUUGGUGAAAUUGGAAACUGAAAAGCAAGAAAAAUUCUCUGAAAGACUCAAAAAGAUUGCAACAAAUAACAAAACCAAGAUUGACUUGAUGGACAUCAAUGCUCUUGCUCAAAUUGAAGAAGAAGAACAGUCUCAAGAGGCAGCUGCAUCUGCAUAUCCAAUUGUGGAACAAUCUGACAUGUACAAGUAUAUAUUUUUACCGAUUGAUGAAUGUGGUUCAUUGUCAUCAAUGGAAUUAGUGACGGUCAUUAUUGAAUAUAUUAGAGGGCUAAAAAAGGGGAAUAUUCCGGUCCACUAUUUUAUCCAAAAACUGUUGAUAGAACUUUUAGUUAAAUCAAAUAAUUACUCAAUGCUGCAUCAAUUGGUUCAGUUUAAGGUCAUUGGAGAUAGCAAACUAACUGCAUUACAAAUGCUUCAUAUUUCUGAAAAAUACAAACCAGCAUAUGAAAUAUCAUUGGACAUGUUGAAACGACUGGGAGAAUUUGAUUUAUUAUGUGAAAUUUUACUCUCCAGAAGAGAUAUCAAGAGAGCUCUCGACUUGAUGUUAGAGCAAUGUGAAACACAUUCUUUUAAAAUACCAUACAGUAGACUUUUUGAAACAGCUCUCUCCUUGAAUGAGCCAACUUUAUUCUACAACACUUAUGAAAUAUUACAGAGAAUUAAUUUAAAACAACGAAAGAAUCCACAUUUUGUAGCUGAAGAUAAAUGUAAAGAGUACGAAGAGCUGUUCCAAAAGCAAUUUGUACUACGCAAUUAA